AUGAAAGCUGCAUCAAAAUCUGUGGUCUUCAAGGAACCAAUUCCAGAACCCUCUCCUAAAAGAACUCCAGUGGAGUCACCUCAGAAAUCUCAGUCUGAUAGCUCUGAGAGCUCUAUGGCUUCCUCCAUUGGAACUCAAGAAGAAGAAGAUGACACCAACAGAGGAGAAGUUGUUCACUCUAACUCUGAAGAAGGUUCACUCAGAAGGAAUGUCAAGAGGAAAGCUGUCAUGGAAGUAACUUCUGAUGAGGAAACUGAAGAUGAUGAUGUUCCUCUGACCAAGAGGCAAAGAGUUCAAGUAAUUCAAAUCGAGGAGCAAGUUGAGCAGGAUGAUAGUGAAAUUAUUGGGAAUGUGCUCCAAGUUAUAAGGGAAUCUCCAGAAGCUGAAGAAUCCACUGAUUAUGAUGAAGAACCCAUAGGCAAGAGGAAGAAACUGCCUCUGAAGGGUCCACUUCAGAAGAAGGAGCCAAAACCAAAGCAAGCAUCUGAGAGUGCUUCAGAGGUACAAAGGGAAAGGAGAUCAAAGAUAGCUUCAGAUCCUGCAAGGACUGCCAGACUCACCAGAUCUACCAUCCUCAGAAAUUCAAGUAAGGAACUUACUGAAAGCCUUAAUUUAGAUUCUGCUUUAGUAGUUAUUCCUAAACAACCUGUACCUAUAUCUACAUCCCUGCCAACCUCAAUCCAAACAGUUCCACCUCAAACAGAACCUCACACACAAACCAUAUCUCAAGCUGAAACACAAGCUCCCCACUUAAACAUCCAAACUGCUACCACUUCCAUUCCAUCCAUCCCAAUUCAAACCUCUUCCACAUCCACCACCACUGAGUCUGUACCUCUCUUUAAUUCAUUCAUUAAGGGUAUCGCUCAGAGUGAGGCCACAUUGAGGGACUUGGUUCAACAAUUCACACCUAAGCCUCCAUCCACCUCAAGAACCCUUCUGAUAGCUGAAUAUGGUGAGAUUCCUGCUGAGAAAGACGAUGGAGAUGAGGAUGUUCAGAUUCUAGAACCUCCCUUCAAUGUGCAACCUAUCUAG